AUGCUGGUGGUGCUGAGGGACUUCUUCACAGAGAGGGCCGAGUUCCAGAGCGUCCCCUUCUAUAUCUUCUCUGAGUCUUAUGGAGGGAAGAUGGCAGCUGCUAUUUCUUUGGAGCUCACCAAGGCAGUAGCCCAGGGAUCAGUCAAAUGCAACUUUGCUGGUGUGGCUCUGGGGGACUCGUGGAUUUCUCCUCUUGACUCGGUCAUGACCUGGGGACCAUACCUCUACACCACAUCCCUGCUGGACGACCACGGCCUGGCGGACGUCAGCAGGGCUGCCCAGGCUGUGAAGGAGGCCGUGGAGCAGCAGCAGUUCCUUAAGGCCACUGAGCUGUGGUCUGUGGCUGAAACGGUGGUGGAGCAGGUGGGUACCACACUGGGGGGUUUUUACUGGGAGGCCUAUGCUCAACAGCAAAAGGCUUUAAGGGCUGUUUUCUGCCAGAACACCAAUGGAGUCAACUUCUACAACAUACUCACACAAGAGCCGGAUGAGGAGCGGGCGUCCUGGUCAGGGAGAGACUUCAUCGCCCUGCAGACAUGGCGCCACCUCCGACCUCUCCACAGGCAAUCCCUCAGUGAGCUGAUGAAUGGACCCAUCAAGAAGAAACUGGCCAUCAUCCCCCAAAACGUCACCUGGGGAGGUACCUUAUCUUCCACUCACAUUUCCUGGAGGGCACAUUUGUGCUGCCUGUCCCCUCUGACGGCGCCCAUGUGUUCAGGCCAGGCAGAGGAAGUGUUCAGCAGUAUGGCGGGAGACUUCAUGAGGCCAGUGGUGGACAUAGUGGACCAGCUGCUGACAGCUGGAGUCAAUGUCACCGUCUAUAACGGACAACUGGACCUCAUCGUGGACACCAUGGGUCAGGAGCAAUGGGUGAAACAGCUGCAGUGGGAAGGACUUCCUGGUUUCAACGAGCUGAGGUGGACCCCCCUGGAUGACCCGGCCGCCCCUGGCGUUACUGGAGCCUUCUACAAGACCUACAAGAACUUUGCCUUCUACUGGAUCCUCAAAGCUGGUCACAUGGUAACUGAGCUGGGAAGGCGCGGUGUGAAUGAUGGGAUCCCGUCUGACCAGGGGGCCAUGGCCCUGCAGAUGCUGAAGAUGAUCACCCAGCAGCAGUGA